AUGGUGAAUGUUGCAAGCGGCUACGACGAUUUACCGGUAAUCGUGAAUGAUGGUUUUCUGUGUCAGUACGAUGAUCGGAAACAACGAUUUAACGGUGAUCGGGAACGAUGCGGCAUGAUUUUCCUUUCGGCUGGCAUGAAUAUGGCCCUGGGAUUAGGCUGGUAUCACUAUAGCCUCUAUAAUUCGGCCAAACAUUUCUCAUACUCAUGGUUUAUAGGGGUUAUAAUUGGAAAUAUUUUAUCAGCACCCCUGGUCAAUUUUAUACCCAAGAAAUUUAUACUGGGCCUCUCCACGUUCCUUAUACUCCUCGAGGGUAUCCUCUUCACAAGUGCUCCACACCAUUAUGACAGCCUGAUGGCGGCCCGUUAUUUCAAUGGCAUUGGCGUCGGUUUGGCCAUUGUCCCCUUCCUGAUACAUGCCAGUGAGGUGUCGACCAAUGCAAAUCGUGGUUCGUACCUGGCCUUAGAACAAUAUUCUGUGAGUUUAGGCAUAGCCGUACAAAUGGUGUACGCCUCGUUAUGGAGUUACACGGUGGACUUCCCCAUCAAUUGUCUGCAUGGCAUACUCGACAUUUGCUUCGCUGUCCUCGCCUUCAUAUUUCUAUUUUAUUUCGUCGAGUCACCGGUAACUUAUAUACGCAAGGGAGAAGAUGGUUUGGCAUUGGAAUCAUUGGCUAAGCUAAGGCGUCCAGUAGGUGUAACCGCGGAGGUACGUGCCCUGUUCGAACAACAUAAGGCUUAUGUUAGCGACCAGGACAGCAUAACAAUGGCCGAAAGUUUACGUCAAGGCCUAUUGCCGUUGGUGAAAAUGAUCCUCUAUCGCAGUCUCAUGCUGGCCUUUUGCUAUUCCCUACCCCUUAAUGCUGCCCUACAAUUUAGUAUAGUAUUGAACGAUCAAUCGUGGGCUCCCACAACUGUUGGCUUUACACGAGCUUUGGGUUCCGUCCUUGCCAUAUGUCUAAUGAAUUAUGUCGAUCGUAAAAUUCCCUCAAUACUCUCCGCCAUUAUUGUGGGUGGUCUGCUGAUUGGAUUGGGUUUGAUUUUCCGCCAUACCGAGAGUAUUUUAAUAGCCAACGAAAUGACAACGGCAAUGAUACUUUGUAUUGUCCUACAAUUAUUUGGCGGAUACUUUGCACCUUACACUUCGGUAUAUUUGGCUGAGGCAUUCCCGCUGCGCAUGAAACCCUAUCUAAUGGACUGCUGUAUAAUUAUCGAACAAAUUCUGCACAUUAUUCUAAUUGAAACCUAUAAAUAUCUGUAUAUGGGUACUAAUCUGCUUGUUCAGGGUAUAAUUAUUAUGGCGAUAUUCUUACUAAUCGGUUUGACAAUGCCUGAGACGAGAAAGACAUCAUUGGCCGAGGCACAACGACGUUUUAGAAAAUGGAUAUAUAUUAUGUUGGAUAUUGAAGUUUAA